CAGCUUUACCAUGGCCCGAAUUUAAGUAAUCGAUUAACUGUGUGAAAUAAAUCGCACAUAUGCACCCAGAGCUUUGACCGUUCCUCAAGUUCAACCAUGGGUAUCGGACGGUCUAGGUUCAUUUACACUCCUACUCACAAUCCCGAUGGAACAUACAGGAUUUACAACCCUCCAGUAACUCUGAACAGAAAGUGGUCUGAGUUUCCUUUCUUGUUCCAUUAUAACUACUCCAGGUACCUUCGAAGGUUCUUCUUCGCCUAUAUUUUUGUGGGUUUACCAAUUCACAUCUAUGGACCACAAAAAACAGUGAACAGAGAAGACUUACAGAAAAGGAGGCUGAAUUACAAUUAUACUCUCCACGAGCCACCUCGUCCAUUCAUACCACCAGAGGUACCAGCCUACAAGCCUAAAGGAGGCCUCGCUUCUAUUGUUAACUGGUCUCCACCCAAGUAUCGCAGUGAGGAUUAAGAGUGCUGAGCAUCUUGAACAUUUUGUGUACCGGCUUGUUUGAUAUUUUGCACAGAGUGUGUACUUUCCAUUUGCCUGGUUUCCUAACAUCUGUUUUAAAUGUUCAAUGGGUUUAGUGAUAAAGAAGUUAGAAUCUGUUAUGAACUUUGGAGCAUUUUGAAUUUUGUAUUCUGAGGUUAAAUAAAGUUUGUAAGAGGA